AUGGAAUUCAGUGAUGCAGAUCCAGCAUUUCGAGCUCGAUUUUUGGAGCCAAAAUUCGAACCGGAAUCAUUUGUACAAUCGAUUGCAUCAAAAUCGAUUGGUAGUACAGAUUUAAUGAAUAUGAAACGACGUAUGCAUCUUAUUUCUAGUGAAACUAAAACUGAAUUGAAACAAAAUGUUUAUCGUAACCAUACAAAAUUUAUUGAAACGGCUAAAGAAGUUUCAUCACUUGAAUCAGAAGUUUAUCAAUUACAUUCAUUAUUAGCUGAUGAAAAACAAUUACUAAAUACAGUGAAAGAAUUAUUAAAUGUCGAAAAUAAGACUGAUUCAAAUGAUACAUCAGAUAAUGAUUUUUGGGAAACACUUUUACAUCAUUGUCAAAGUUUGGGUCUUGUUGCAUCAAAUUCUGAACGUCGUUUAAUUCAUAGUGGUAAAUUACUUGAAGUUAAAUUAGAGAAUAUAUCAACAAAAAAUCAAAAUAAAGGAAAUACACAUACUAAACUACCAGCAUCAUUUGUUACACAUCAAUGUUAUGGUCUUUUAUUUACUGAUUGUUUUAUAAUUGCUAAAUCAUCAAAUAUUCGUACAGCAACAGCAUAUGAUGUUGAUCAAGUUUUAAAAUUACAUCAAACAUCAACUGGUAUAAGUAAUGAUCGUAAUACAGAUCAACAUAAACACAUUCAACCAUCAGCAAUACAAAUAAUAAAUGUUAAAGAUGAUGUAAUACGUAAUUCAUUUUCAAUAAAACAUAAUCUUGAAACAUUAACUAUGAUGUGUGAAAAUGCUCAAAGUAAAAAACAUUGGCUUGAAAUGUUUGAAAGUGCACUUUAUCCUCGACAACGACGUGGUUCAUUACUUUAUACUGAUUCAGGAUUUUUAUCAUCAUCAGCAGCACCAUCAUCAUCAUCAUCAUCAUCAGCUAGUAAUCGAUCAACUGUUCAACAACAACAACAACAGCAAAUAUUUGAAGAAGAAUUUUAUUCGGAAGAUUGGAUAACAAAUACACAAGAAAAUUUAAUUAUUUUAUUAGCUGAAAGAAAUUUUGAUGAAGCAUUAGCAUUAAUUCUUCGUGCAAGAAAAUAUGCUCAAGAAUUUCUUGUACAACAUUCUCAACAAGCAGUACCAUUUGUUGAUGAAUAUAUCAAAAGUGUACGAAUGAAAGAACAAGAAUUAUGUAAAUUAAUUGAAAAAGAAAUUCAAAAUAUUUGUGAACGAGGUUGUUCAACAAAUUUAUUAAAACAUUAUUAUCAUCAUAUACAAACACUUAAACAACUUGGUCAUGUUCCCAAAGCUUGUGAUUUAUUCAUUACAAUUCAAUUAUCUUUAAUGAAAAGUACACUUAAACAAACAAAAUUAGAAGAAUUAAAUGUUGUUUUUGUCGAAAAUUUUGCUAAUACAUUUUUUACUCGUCUUGUUGAUAGUUAUUAUGAAUUUGUUCAAAUUUUUAAAGAUCAAAGAUCGACAUUUACAAAAUUUAUUGUAUGGAUGUCAACAGAAAUAGAAAAAUUAAUAACAAUCUUACAUAAUCAACAAUAUAUCAGUACAAAAAAUUUUAAUUUUACCAUGAAAAAUAUUGAUAUAUUAUUAACAAAAGCAAAUGAAUUUUCAUCAAAAUUGAUUGAUGUUAAAUUUAUGUUUGAAGAACAACUCGAACAAUUAUUAAUACAAAUAAUAAGUACACAAAAAGAUGUUAUUAUUGAUACAUUACGACAAAGACAUCGUGAUGAAAAAUGGAUACCAAUUACAUUACCAAGUCAUGAACGUGUUGAACAGUUAUAUUUUGAAUUUCAUGAAUUAGGUCUUGAUAGUCAAAAAUUUCUUCAACCAUUCAUAGCAAUAAAUAAUGAUAUAAUACAAAUACAUUUAGCACCCAGUACAUUACAAUUUGCUAAAGCUUAUUUAACAUUUUCACGUGAUCUAUUUAAAAUUCAUUAUUCUUUAAUUAAUCAAACAAUUGUUGAAGCUCUUGUAGAAUUAAUUAAAUUACAUUUAAAAUAUUAUGAACGUGCACUACAAAAAUUGCAAAAUACGAAUGAAAGACAAUUAAAACUUUUUAUUAUGAAAAAUGUUGAAUUUUCUAUAAAUCAUCUUUUUCAUCAUGUUGAUACAUUGUAUAGACCAAAAAUUGGACAUUCAGUUAAAUAUUUUACAAAAGUCUAUGAGAAAAUGUCGAAACUCAAAGACAUGGCUGCUUCAUAA